AUGACCUAAAUAACAAAUAGGAUUAUAACUUUAAGUCUAUUUUUAAUAUAUGCAUUAGUGAAAAUUUAAACAGAAAAUUCUGUAGAAAAGUAUCAACAGGGCAAUUAGUUGGUAUAGGAUUUGAAGAUAAUAAGUAUUAUAUUAUUAAUACUGGUGUAGUAAGUGAGAGAUUAUAUAUUUGCAGAUUGAAAGAGUGUAAAUGGAAAAAAAUAGUUUCUCAAGGGUCUAGAAGCCACUAAAUUAAACCAAUUUAAUAAACUGUAAAUCUAGAAUGCAUAGAUAAUUUAAAAUUCAUUUUGAAAAGAAAGAAAGUAAAUACAAAUCUUAUUUUUGGACAACAAACUUUAAGAGGAAAGCCUUAGCCUCAAAAAAGAAUAACAUUAGAUAAUACAGUAACUUACACAGAUCGUGAAAUGACAUUUCAAUACAAUAAAUUAAAAUGGAAAUUCAAACUGAUAGUACUUUAGAAAUUUGUUUGA